AACACUGAUAUGUGUGAUAAGGUAACGCAAGAUGUAAAAAAACUAGAAUAAAAGUGACCACUAUGAUGAUCACACAGGUUUGAUAGAGACGCCAUUCGUAAUGGUCUCAUGGAUAAGCAUGCAUCAUCCAUGUUAUUGAGAAAAGUGUUUUGCGAGCAGCCCAUAUAAUUCGCAGACAAGAGUUAAUGCAUUUAAUUCUUGGAUUCUUGUUCACUGCAAAUGCAAGUAGGCAUCAAUUGCAGAAUGUUGGGAAAGGAAAACGAAAAUUUACUACGAUUACCGUCCGAUGCGUACAACUAUGAUCCCGAUCUCUUCAAUCGGGCAAAGGAAUCGGUUGAAACGAAGUCACUACUCCCAAUUCUGAAAGAUGAAAUAAAACUUAAAAUACAAGCUAAACGUCUAUCUCAAGGGUUAGAAGAACUAAAAGUAGAAUUUGAAAGCAAACCACAAUCCCCUCUUACAGAAGAAGAACUAGAAAAACAAAAUCACAGAAAAAUGCACAAUAGAGUGUCAGCUAAAAAAUGUCGAUAUAAAAAAAAAAUAUUUUAUUCACGGAAACAACAGGAGCUCCAUGAUUUAGAGAAAAGAAAUCAGUUUUUAAAGAACACAAUACGCAAAAUAGAAACUGAGAAGGAUUAUUAUAUGUCAAAACUAGCCAGUUCUCCCGAAAUUAUGAACAUUUUUACUGAGUUGUAUGGAGAACCUUUAGAUAUUUUGUGUGAAAUCAAAACAGAAAAUGUGCUAAAUCAUUAGGAUUAAAUCUCCUAUUUAGACAACCUUAGUUUCUUCAUUAUGAUAUUAAUGUAUUAUACCAAUAAAACAAUGACGAGUGGACAUUUUCAAGUACAUAAACAGCUUUAAAGUUAAAACCAGAAAAGCGAUACAAACGCAUACAGUUUAUAAAGCGUUGUUUUCAUUUUUUUUUAACUCUUCUUCAAGAAGACUAUAACAACUUAAUAUAUUAUAUGCUUGAUUAUUUUUAAUCUACCUCCUGCUUAAAUUUGCAAAACAUUGAUCUACAUAAUAGUGAAAACAAAAUGAUACCUGCAGCUGUAAUUAGAAAAUAAACGAUUUUGAAAGAAAAUAUGAAAAACACCAUAACAGGUCUGUUGGGCACCGUCUGUGAAUCUAAAAAAAAGUAAAGAGGAGUUCUAAAGAAAACACAAUUCAAACGCAAAGAAAAAAAAAACGGACAACAAAAUCACUUAAGUUAAAGUCUAAUAGAAAAUCCACAGAUUAGUUUAAGUACCGCAUGCAGCGCUGCUGUGUUUUGAAAGAAGAAUCCAUUAAAAUUAGAUGUCAAUAAUAUAAAUCUCCUAUUUGCAAUAGCUGUCCUCAUGAGUUUUUACUUGUUCCAAGUGCGUUAUGUCUAUGGUUCUUUAUGUUUGGCUUUGAACUACCCAAAAAAUUUGAUCAGAAUAUCGCAAAACAUCAGCUUCUUAGCCUCUCAAAUAGCAAAUGAUUUAAGUGUUUGUAUGUACGUAUUACCAUUUGAUACCUCAGGAUAUCAUGAUACUGUACUGCCACUAUUUUCUACUCACGAGGAAAUAGUCUUAUUUGGUAGAGAGAAAAAAAAUAAAGACAAAACAUAAAACCGUGUGUAUGCAAAGUGGCUUAAAUCCACGUCAUUUGGACACUGGUGGAUAGUUUUCUCAUUUUCGAUCAUACACUACCACAUAUCCUUAAUGUAUAAUAAACUAUAUAUAUAUAUUAUGAUCAACUCAGGCCAUACAGAAAGCUUCAGUGUGUUUGAAGUUUCGGAUUUGUAGGUGUCGGUUUAGAAUUCAGAUAUACUUCAAGGAUAAAGUAGCAUGUGUGUUAGAUAAAUCUUCAAAUAGAUAACUUAAAACAGGGAAAAAUUCAGUUUCCCUAUAACAGAUUUCCAUUUCUUCAGUACAAACACAAUCUUUUGUUUCAUAAGGCAUAUGCGUAACUCAAUCUUUUCUCAUUUAUCUUUGAUUUUAUAUCUCAUAUUUCUUUUAUAGUUAUUUAUAUAGUCAAAUGUAUUUCCAUUGAUAAUGUAAUCUAAAAUAGCGUCAAUGAAUACUAGUACAAGUACUCUAUAUAUGCAUAUCACCGACUGUACCGCAAACUUGAGGUACCAACUCUCUCAGGCAAAGUUGACCCGAAAUAGAUUUAGUAUCUCUUUCAAGGUCUUCUUUGAUCAUAUAGCUCUUCCACUGUUUCAGUUAUUAUGCAGACUUGGCUUUCAAAUAUUCGACUUUGAGCGUUCCUGGUGAAGAUAAAUCUUGAAAACCGCUUCGGACGCAUACAACUUAUAAAAUAUUGGGGAUUUUUGCAUUAUAAGUUAUAUUACACGAUCGACAAAACUUAAAUAUCAAUCAUGCGAUUUAGAAAAAUAAGUGAAUCUGAAACACUGCGAAUAUUAUUAUUUUUUUAUUUUACUAACAGUUGAACUGGUAAUGGUUCUUCUCGUAAUGCCUACUUUUUUAAAUAAAGAAAUGGACUCGAAAGUUAAAGAGAUAUGCAAAAUAGAUCAUGAAGUUAUCUUUCUUUACACAAUUUUCACAAUGCAUUCCAUAUUAAUUAUAUUUCCUAAGAAUACGAGUUUGAGUAGAAAUUUUUAUCAUAGAUCGUAUUCGACAUAAGUUAAACCUUAUGUCCAGUAUUGAAUACAAGGGCAUUAAGUGCUGUGUACGACUUCUGAAAUGGAUCUAUCUACUAAUAAAAUAAACGGAUAUCAAUCAAGUCUUCGGUAAAUACAUUCGUUCACCAGGAAGAGAGUUCAUUGUAAUAUAUAUACAUCGAUUUUCAUUGGCUGAUGUGUAACUGAUAUUUUUUAAACGUAUUUUCCAAUGAUAAAAAAAUAGACAAAUUAUAACUAUGAUCACUCAUGAUAUCUUAAUUUAUUGACAUUUUGAUAAAUAUUUACAAACAAAAUGUAACCGAUCAUAAAAUCAGAUUGUACUCAAUUAAUCUUAGUCUCUCGUAUCUAUUUGGUAAUUUGUCAGUUCAAUCGGUUGUUUGUUUACAAGUACGUUCAUUCGUUCUUCUUUCAUUUGUGUGUUCGUUCAUAUAUUUGUCUUACAGAACUGUAUCCUUAGCUUGAACUGAAAUGUAAAUGAUAUUGCAUAAAAUUACUAGUAAUAAAUUUUAAAGUGUG